CAUGCAUGCGCUCCUCAGAGCGAAUCCUUGGAGGCCAAUUUCCCUCCUGAGAUAUUUCUUCACGUGCUGGGUUUUCUUCCUGUGCAAGAAGUGAUGAAACAGAAAGUUCGGGCAGUGUCCAGCAGUUUUGGGUGCUGGAAGGUCUGGCUAACUCAUUUGUUCCGCUUGGUGGACAUAGACACACUUCAGCCGCUGAGUGAUGUUCCGAUGGCGCGAGAGUGGCAUCCCGUUGAAGAGUUCACAACUUGCAUGAUACUGUCAUUCAGAGGAAUUGACACAUCAAUGAUGCCCGGCGAAGACCAGAGACAGAGAAUACUAUCAACAAUACGACUUUAUCCUGCUUUUUCAGAGGGCUUCCAAGGCUGCUUGCAACUCUUCUGUGGCCCUGCGAAGCGAAUUGUCGGAGGCAUGCACUUCGAAUAUUUCAAGUUCAUCGCGACAAAGACAUUCGAAAGUUGCGGAAGAACCAGGCCACCAAUGUGAAGAACGACAUCGUUUCAUCAUCUAUGGAAACGAAUUGGAGCAAAAUGGAUGAAGAGGAGAAUGACAGCCUCCUCCAAUGAAUCUUGAUUGAUGUGAUGCAACUUGAAGGCCCACUGAGGUGUACAUAGACUUCAGUAGACCUCCAAGAAGCUGAAAGCGAUGAUGUCUACCCGACAAUGGCGGGCGCUAAACGACAAGCUUGCACAACCGGUUCAAAA